CUGAGUUGAAGUUGGACACUUAACCGACUGAGCCACCCAGGCACCCCUAUUUAUUUUUAGAGAGAGAGAGUGUGUGUACACGAGCUGCAGAGGAGUAGAGAGAAUCUUAAGCAGGAUCCCCACUGACAGCGAAGAGGGUCAUCUCGAUCUCAUGGGGCUCGAUCUCAUGAACAGUGAGAUCAUGACCUGAGCCUAAGUCAAAAGUCGGGUGCUUAGCCAACUGAGCCACCCAGGCAACCCGGCUCCUCUAAACCUUUGAUCUGGGUUAAGAGGUGGGGGUAUGAGUAGGUAAAAUGUUUUGGAUUCUGUGUCUCCCUCUCUCUCUCUGCCCCUCCCCCGCUUGCAUUUUCUCUCUCACUCAAAAAUAAACAAAUCUUAAAAAAAAAAAGUAGGAGUGACAGCGACGCAAGACGGCAGCCACCACGGGCUCGGGAGUAAAAAAGUCCCUCGCGAUUUUCGACUGUUGGAAGAACUGGAAGAAGGCCAGAAAGGAGUAGGAGAUGGCACAGUUAGCUGGGGUCUAGAAGAUGAUGAAGACAUGACACUUACAAGAUGGACAAGAAUGAUAAUUGGGCCUCCAAGAACAACUUAUGAAAACCGAAAAUACAGCCUUAAAAUAGAAUGUGGACCUAAAUACCCAGAAGCACCCCCCUUUGUAAGAUUUGUAACAAAAAUUAAUAUGAAUGGAGUUAAUAGUUCUAAUGGACUGGUGGACCCAAGAGCCACAUCAGUGCUAGCAAAAUGGCAGAAUUCAUAUAGCAUCAAAGUCGUCCUGCAAGAGCCCCGGCGCCUAAUGAUGUCUAAAGAAAACAUGAAACUCCCUCAGCCGCCCGAAGGACAGUGUUAACAGCAAUUAAUCAAAAAGAAAAACCACAGGCCCUCCCCUACGCCCCUCCCAUUCGAUUUAACCAGUCUUCAUUUUCCACAGUAGUAAAUUUUCUAGAUACGUCUUGUAGACCUCAAAGUACUGGGAAGGAAGCUCCCAUUCAAAGGCAAUUUAUCUUAAGAUACUGGAAACGAUACUAAUUUUUUUUGUCCACUUAAAAUAUGUAAGUUGUGCUAUAACAAAUCAUCCUGUCAACUGUCCACAUAGUUGAACUUCUGGGAUCAAGAAAGUAUAUUUAAAUGGGUUCCCAUCAUAACUGGUGGGGCACAUCUAACUCAACCGUGAAAAGACACAUCACACAAUCACCUUGCUGCUGAUUACAUGGCCUGGGGUCUCUGCCUUCUCCCCUUCUCCUCCCCCUGCCUCCCUGCCUGCCUCCCUCCCUCCCUCCCUGCAACAGCCCUCCAGCUUGGGGUGGCUUGCUAGAGUAGGUGUGAAGGUUUCAGGUCACAGCCUGUGGGACUACUGCUGGGUGUGUGGGGGUGCUCUAGCUGCACCCCUGCUUUUUUUAAGUCUUAAAUGAUG